ACUCUCGUUGGGUUAAUGAGGCAACUAGUCACACCUGUGACAGGUCCUUUAAAAGGAGAGGUGGAAGAAGUAGACCAUAACUCACAGACAACAGAGACACCCAGUGAAUCCCUUGGAAGAGUGCAGAAGGAGACUAUCACCAUGGCGGCGUUAACCAUCAUUCUGCUUGUCAGCACAGCUUUUGCUCUGGGAGAUGCUACGAUACGACCCAUGACCCCCUGUGAGCGUGCUAGAUAUGCUGCGACACAUGGCCCAAUUGGAGCCUACAUCCCCACGUGCGACGCCGCUGGACGGUACACCCCUAAGCAAUGUUCGGGCUCUACAGGUUACUGUUGGUGUGUGACCACUACUGGACAGAAGAUCCAGGGUACGGACACUCCACCAGGCACUGCUAUCAACUGCUAGCAACUGUUCCAAGAUGAAGGGCGUUGGCAUGGAGACGUUGAUAAGACGGACAGUUGUCUUUACUGUACUACAGGAACUGAUUCACAUCCCAUUUAAAUACAUGAAGAAAUCCAGAGAUUAAACUGUUGAUUUACUUA